AUGGUAGACGUAUUCCAGAUCAUCCUUGACAAACGGCACGCCUGGCUAUUCCCCGGGAGCAUUAUCUCGGGCACUGUUUAUAUUCAAACUUCCGCGCCGGUCAAAGCGAGGGCCGUCGAGGUUUUUUUCGAGGGAAAAGCGUGCACCGGCUGGUCGGAAACCGAACGUUGUGGGUGGGUUUGGCGCACAAAAUUGUCAAUUAUGAUGUGAUUGAUAGUUCUACGAAAAAUUCUUUUUAUUUGGUCGUAUUUGAGGCUAUUUUUUCUUACAGAUUUUUUGGGAUUUUUUGAUGACAUUUGCCUAAAAAUCUUAUUUUUCGGGGAAAAGAUUGAUGACAUUUUUUGAUUUUUGGCAAUUUUCUCAUACAUAAGAGCUUUUUCUGCUGUUGUAAAGUGAUUUUUUCUUUAUGAUUUUUCAUUACACCACUGUUUUACCUUAUUUUAGCCUAAAAUAAGGUAAAUUUUGUCGAAUUUUCCCGUUUUUACACUGAACUCGAGAAUUUUGAUUCCGUGUUACCUUUAUUUUAUUUUGACUGUCAUUUUACGAUAAAACGUUUAGUGAUGAAACUCACACGAUACACUUUGCUGCCGAUAUUAUAUAUGCCAGACAUGAACAAGUUGUUUGGCGUCCACCGCCCGGCCAGGGCGAGGGUUUUCUCCAGCCGGGCACUCAUCAAUGCCGGUUUCGAUUUCAAAUCCCACUGAAUGCGGCACCAAGUUUUGAAGGUGAGCUUUGACUGAGGGGAAGAUUUGACCCGGGUCAAGUGUUACUUUUAUAGAGGAAGAGUUGGCACAUUGUGUAAAAAUAAUUUUUUGCGAAUACUAUGUUGAGAUUUUUGAUUGAUUAUUGCCUUUUUUUUAUAUUUUGGGCCGAAUUUAUGGCCUUUUUUACUUUUUGGGUCAAGUUUUUCUCUCUGAAGAAAUCUGUUGACUCAUUACCCAAAUUCUCUUUGGAUGGUUUUAAAUGAUCGUCAGCCCCAUACAAUUUUUUUUUGAAAAAUUUUCACCUCCUUUUUGGCCAUUCUUACCUUAUGGGUCAAGUCUUCCCCUCGAAGUCAUAUCGAACUUUAGGCGGCUCCGGAUCCAUCCGCUACCGUCUGGUAGCCAAAAUUGAUCGUCCCUGGAAAAUUGACGACACUCAAUGUGUUGCGUUCACAGUUGUGCCUUAUUUUGACCUGAAUUUACUACCCUAUUCUGGAUAUCCAUUGCUUCGAGAAUUCCACAAGACCCUGGAGUGUUGUUGCCAUCAGUAUGGGCGAGCGAUUGCGAGGCUGUUCGUCAACAAAAGUGGAUUCGUUCCAGGCGAACUGAUCCCGAUCCGAAUGGAGGUUGAGAACUACUCCGACAAAGGAGUGAAAUGGUUUGAAGCCAUUGUAAGUCGAUGAAAAAUUGUUGUUGAAUUGUAAAAUAUGGAGAUUGGGCAAGCUUAGACUGUAUAUUUUUGGAUUUUGAGCUAAAAUACGAUGUGUACCUUGGUGGUGUAGUGGUAGUGAUUUCGGACUUGGACUCAAAAGGUCGCGGGUUCGAGUCCCAGUAUCGGAAAAUGAUGAAAUUUUUGAGGGAAAGGAUAGUGAGAGGUGUCAAAAAGAUUUGAAGACUUGUUUCGAUAAAAGUUAUAUUGUUUUAGCUCUAUCAAAUCCAUCAUUUCACCGCCUCGCACGGAGGUCGGCAAUGCAUGCGCCAUGAUCAGAUCCCAAUAGCUAGCCUUCAAAGGGCCUUUGUCCCGAUGAGAUUCGCCAAUUUCGUCCAUGAAGAUCUCCUUCAAGUCCCGGCGUGUGUCCCCAGUUUCAAUUGUUGCCCAAUCAUUCAAGUGGAAUAUGCACUGCGGGUUUGCAUUGAAAUCAACGUUUUGGUUGGCCGCAUGGCGUGUGAGGUCCCUGUUUUGAUCGGUAGUGUGCCUGUCUUGAAGCCUGUGGACGUUCCGAGGGAUCAAAUUCACACCGGAAAUCAAUUGGCGCCACCUGAGCCAACUGCUCCGCCUAAGGGCUUUACUCCGCAGGUGGGUGUAGUUGGUGGCUUAGUGAAAUAUUUGAGUUAUUUUUGGCCAAAUUAUUUAUUUUUGACUUUGGUUUUUUACCUAAAAUGGGAUUUUUUUCGAAUUUUGGCGUGUUUCUUUCAAAAAAAAAAAUUUUCGUAUAAAAAGCCGCUUUGAAUUAAAGAAAAAAGCAUUUAAAAAGUAUCAGAAAGCCAUAAUGUUUAUAUUAAAACUCAUUGGGCGAUUUUUUAUUAUGAUUUCCCAAUGAUUUUUGACCAUUUUCUCCCCUUUGCUUCCAGUGGGAUUCGAACCCGCGACCUUUCGACCGCAAGGUCGGAAAUUAAACCAAUAUACCAUAGAGACACACUACGCAUUUUAGAGCAAAAAAUUACUCAGAAUUGUCUCAGGGGAUUUUGAAAAGCUUUUCGCGAUGUUUCGAGUUGAUUUUGACCAGAAAUUUUUUCGAAAAUAAUGAAAUUUUGCAAUUUUUGUGAUAUUUCUUUAUAAACUUGCAUUUUUCUUGCAGAUGAUGCAAUCUCCAACUGCACUAGAGCCUCUAAAGGAAGUGAAGGACGAGAAAGAAAGGAUAUCUCAGAAUAAUCCAGGAAAUUCGAACGUUCCCGGGCUAAAAAUUGAAAGUCAAGUACAAGAUCAGCCAAAAACCCCGGUAAAAGUCGGAUGA